CUCAACGCAGGCUUCAGCGCGCUGGGCGCCGACCUGGUGGUAGGAGUCCCAGUGAAAGAAAGGAUCAAAGUUUCUCAGAAUUGGAGGCUUGGACGCUGUCGAAGAAUUCCACUCCUCAGAUGGAAACGCAAUUUAAUGCCCUGGAUGCAACUAGAUGGAGAUUACCUCUAUCUAUCCCAAGCAGAAGACAUUCACCUUUAUUGGCUCCACCCUAAAGAUACCAAUUUGGUAUGGUAUCCUCAGACAGUUUUCUCUGGUCACCGGGAGGAUGUGUGCCGUUUUGUAGUUGAUAAUGGCCAUAUUAUCAGUGGAGGAGGAGAUGGAAAUAUUGCCCUUCAUAAACUUAAUGGUUCCUUCAGUUUUAAGAUCCUUGGGCAUCAACAGGAAGUGAACUGUGUGGAUUGCCAAGAGGCUAUCAUUGUGAGUGGUUCUCGAGACAGAACAGCAAAGGUUUGGUCCUUGUCAUCGGGCAGGGCUGGGCAGUGUCUGCAUACAAUACAGACAGAAGACCGGGUCUGGUCUAUCGCUAUUAGUCCAUUAUUAAGUUCAUUUGUGACUGGAACAGCAUGCUGUGGACAUAAUUCACCUUUGAGAGUCUGGGACUUAGGGAGUGGGCAGCUGAUCACCUGUCUUGGAACAGAUUUCCACCGAGGAGCUGGAGUCUUGGAUGUUUUCUAUGAAACACCUUCAACUUUGCUCUCUUGUGGAUAUGAUACCUACAUAAGAUACUGGGAUUUAAGAACAAGCACAAAGGAAUGUGUGAAGAAAUGGGAAGAGCCACACGACAGUGCCCUAUAUUGCAUUAGAAGCAAUGGAAAUCAUAUGAUUGCAAGUGGCUCCUCUUAUUAUGGAGUGGUACGUCUGUGGGACAAACGACAAACAAGAUGCUUGCAGAGUUUCUCCUUGUCAUCACCUAUCAGCAGUCCUGUAUAUUGUCUACGUUUCAGCACCACUCAUCUCUAUGCGACACUGGCAUCGGCAUUGUAUGUCCUUGAUUUCACUACCUCUUGACACUGAUAUGCUUGGACUUCAGACAGUCAACUCAGGGAGUACAAAGGAAGUGUAACAUCUUUGAGACAAUAAAACAGCAGUUGGUAAAGAAGAUUCCAUUUCUGCCUUCUGGUGUCAGUAAAAUCUAAUGUAUCUUUCCAGUGAAUAUUUUGUACACUUUUGAUUUGGUUACUUUUCUUAUUCCUAGAAAGGCAAAGCACAGUAAGUCUUAGGAUGUGCAUAUUCUUUGUUACCAGCAUAGUUUGGGCUUCUGAAAGUUCCGUGUUCAUAUAUUUCCUUAUGAUAAUUUAAUUGAAGAGAAAGCAACUAUAACUGGACAGUGAAGUAGAAGAAAAUACUUCAUUUCUGCUUUACUGACAUCCAAACUUUUUCAUGAAUAAAUAUUGGGCUAUAAGAUUGCAAUCUUGGUUGGCUCUCUGUAAAUUAAAUCAAGUAUAAAUAUUAUUGUUUGGCACCAUAUAAGAACUGCUUUAUUGGAUCAAUAUUGAUAGGCUGGGUAUUGAAUAAAUUAUUAAAGUACCAUACAAAAAGUA